CCAGAAGUUCGUCAAAUUUGAGCUUCCUCACAGACAAACAAGGCUUUUUACCCAUCCUCCGCUUCUUCCUCCUCUUUCCUUCUCUGCUCUGUCCUUUGUGCAGAUAUAAUCCUACUGAAUAGCAAUGACCGACGCGUAUGUUGUUAUUCACGUCGCCACGACCUGCGAUGAGCACGGCGUCUACGUUACCAAGGACUCGGCCGAGGUCAUCGAGAUUGCCUGGAUUCUUCUCAACGCAAAGACACUCGAGGAGAUGCACCGCGAUAGUGUGCUCGUCCGUCCCAUCAACACGCCUAUAACAGCAUUGUGCACGAGCUUGACCACGCUUACCUGGGAACACGUCCGAAACGCGGGCACGUUCCGGGACGCAAUCAACAGAUUCGACAGUUUUGCGCAGGAGUUUUUGAUCUCAAAAGGCAUCGAGUUCACCUUUGUUACCCUCAACGCAUGGGACCUUCGCGUCCAGCUCCCGAGAGAGGCUCGCGACAAGGCUGUCAUUCUCCCCGCAUACCUCCAGCACUCGCGAUGCUUCGAUCUCCGCACAGAGUAUACCCGCUGGCAGGCGCACCACCCCGAGUCUCUCCCCUUUUCUGCUUCCUCGCUCUCAAACAUCUGCGCGGCCCUCGAGGUCGAAUCCGUGCAGAGCUCGGCCCCUAUAAAACACAACCUGCCCUUCCAUCUCCAGGCUCUUGCGCCUGCUUCUCCUCGCAGAGCGAUGGAGGAAGCUAUUACCCUUGCGCGCGUUCUCCAGGGCCUCAUCAAGAAGUCUCAACCUCCCGAGCAGCACCCUGAUGUCCUCGUCAAGCCCCUCGAUGCUCGCGCGGAUGUCCGUGCUUUCCUCGCUGAGCGAUCAAAGGUUCUCCACCUCUCCAACCUUCCCCACGACACCACCCAGAGUGAACUCGAAAGCUGGUUCACGCAGUACGGUGGACGUCCGAUCGCCUUCUGGACCUUGCGGACGCCCGAUCAGCAUAAACCCACCGGCACCGGCUUUGCUGUCUUCUCUUCCCAUGAAGAAGCGGCCGAAAGCUUGGCUAUGAACGGUCGCGCUUUGAACGAAAAGGCGAUCGAGGUCUCGCCUUCCAGCAGCCGCGUCUUGGAUCGCGCGCAGGAGAUCCUCACUCCAUUUCCCCCGAGUAAAAAUCGCCCGAGACCUGGUGAUUGGACGUGCCCGUCUUGCGGCUUCUCCAACUUCCAGCGAAGAACCGCAUGCUUCCGCUGCUCGUUCCCCGCUUCUUCCACCACGCCAGCUCAAGAUCCCAUGUACAACAUGUACAACAACUACCAGACUCCUAUGAUGAUGCCUCCUGCCAACGGCGGUGGCGGCAACGGUAUGCCUGGCAUGGGCUGGCAAGGUGGUCGCGGUGGUGGAGGCGGCGGUGGUGGAAAUGGUGGAAACGGCAACGGCUCGUUCGGUAUGGUGCCCUUCCGUGCUGGCGAUUGGAAGUGCGGCACCGAAGGCUGCGGAUACCAUAACUUUGCAAAGAAUGUCUCAUGUCUACGAUGCGGAGCCUCGCGUGCCGGAGCUGCUGUCGUUGCCGAUCCCACGCUUAUGAAUGGAGGAAUAAGUAUGGUCGAUCCGUCUGCGAUCAACGGCGCCAUGAUGAGCUGAAUCGAAACAUGACGAAACAUGAAUCGAGAUCGCGAGACAUAUCCCGAACAUUAAUACGCUGGUGUUUAACUUUUUUACGUCUUUUUUCUGCUUUUAUUUUUGCUGUCAAGGAGUUCAGUUAAAAGAAAAAGCUCGGUCAUUAAUACUCUGCUGGAGUGCCGGUGCGUGC